AAAAGUGGGAAAAAAGUGGGAAAAAUCCGGAAAAUCUGUGGGUUUAAAGUGAGGGAUAGGGAGGAAAAAAAAGUGGGAAAAAUCAGGAGAAUCCAUGGAAUUUAAAGGAUGGGAUCUGAGGGGUUUUUCCUCCUGGAAUUCCUCAGGAUUGGGAUGGGAUCUACAACAAAAAAAAAAGGGAAAAAAGUGGGAAAAUCCAUGGAUUUUAAAGCCUGGGAUGGGAUCUGUGGUGGUUUUUUCCCUGAAUUUUCUCCUGGAAUUCCUCAGGAUAAAAUCGAGAUUUUGGGGGGGGUUCAGUGGAGUUUUCCCGAGGGAUUUGGGGUUUUUUGGGAUUUUCCCAGGUGGGACAAAGGCCUGGAUUCCGGGAAGGAGGAGAGGCUGCCCUAAUUCCAGCCGGGAUUCCCGAGGGAUCCGUGUCCUGCUUAUCCCGGGGAUCCCUCCUGGGGAUUUCUCCUUCUGUUCACGCUGCUUUUUAUGGAGUUUUCCCUAAAAAAAAAAUCAGGAAUGGGUUCAGGUGUUAUUGUGGGGAUGGGGGAAUUUUGGGGAAUUUUUUUGGGGAAUUUUUUUUGGGGAAUUUUUUCCUUCCAGCCCCUGCCCGGGAGGCUUCGGAUUCCGGCGGAAAUUUGGGAAUAUUGGUGUGGAUGUGGUUCCCAGAGAGCUGCUGGGGGUUUUAUUCCCAGGGUUUUUAAAAAUCUGGCGAGGAGGAAUUUCAAUUAUCCCAGCCCAGGGGUCGAGAAUUCCAAUUUUUCCUGGUUUUUGUCUUGCUGAGACUGAGGAAUUCCAAUUUUCUCUGUUUUUUUAUCCUUCUGGGAUCGAGGAAUUCCAAUUAUCCCAGCCCAGGGGUCAAGAAUUCAAAUUUUCCCUGUUUUUUUUUAUCCUACUGGGACUGAGGAAUUCCAAUUUUCCCCUGCCCAGGGGUUGAGAAUUCCAAUUUUCCCUGGUUUUUGUCUUGCUGGGACUGAGGAAUUCCAAUUAUCCCUGCCCAGGGCUUGAGGAAUUCCAAUUUUCCCUGCCCGUUUUCCCUCUGGGAUUGAGGAAUUCCCAUUUUUCCUGCCCUUUUCCACCUCAGGGGUUGAGGAAUUCCAGCUCUGCCCCCAGGGAAUUCUGCAGCCAUGGACAUCGAGGACUGCAAUGCCCGAUCCUACAUCACCGGAAUCUGCUCUUCCUGGAAGGUGAGCGGCUGCGUGCGCCCCGCCAGCGCCGCCCUGCGCCCUGCCGGGAUCCCGCGCUGCUUCCCGGGAAUCCCGAUCCAGGGAUCUCCGGGAUUCCUCCCGCAAGGCCGUGGGGAUUCCCCCCUGGAGCAGGAAUUCCCUCCCGGAGCCGCCCGCAGCCCCCCCAGCCCCCGCUCGUCCCCGCGCUCCCCCGCCAACUCCAUCAAGGUGGAGAUGUCCUCGGACGAGGAGUCCCAGGGCCGGCCGCUGUCCCGGGAGGGCCGGGAGGGCCCCGGGGAGGACUCGGGGCCGGAGCCCUUCCCGGAGCCCUUCCCGGAGCCCUUCCCGGAGCCCUUCCCGGAGCCGCACUCGCCGGGCGGGAUCCGCCUGCCCAACGGGAAACUCAAAUGUGACGUGUGCGGGAUGGUGUGCAUCGGGCCCAACGUGCUGAUGGUGCACAAACGCAGCCACACCGGGGAGCGGCCGUUCCAGUGCCAGCAGUGCGGUGCCUCCUUCACGCAGAAGGGGAACCUCCUGCGUCACAUCAAGCUGCACUCGGGGGAGAAACCCUUCAAGUGCCCCUUCUGCUCCUACGCCUGCCGGCGCCGCGACGCCCUGAGCGGCCACCUGAGAACACACUCGGUCUCAUCCCCCACGGUGGGCAAGCCCUACAAGUGCAGCUCGUGCGGCCGCAGCUACAAGCAGCAGAGCAGCCUGGAGGAGCACCGGGAGCGCUGCCACAGCUUCCUGCGGAGCCUGCCCGCCGAGGGCCCCGCGCAGACAGGAGAGGAAAUCCGGGAGCUGGACAUGGUGCCCGAGGCGUUGCUACACCCUGAGCGCCCCACCUUUAUCGAACGCCUGGCAGGGAGUUUUACCAAGAGGAAACGCUCCACGCCGCAGAAAUUUGUGGGCGAGAAGCAGAUGCGCUUCGCCCUCUCGGAGCUGCCCUUCGACGUCAGCCCCGGCUUCGACAAGGACGUGGAGGUGGUGCCGGCCCGCGGCCACCCGCUGGAGCCGCCCUACGCGGGGCCGCUGUCGCUGCUGGGCGCCGGGGACCCGCUGCGCCCGCUCCGCCUGGCCACCAACUGCAUCACCGAGGUGACGCCGGUCAUCAGCUCCGUGUACACGCAGAUCCAGGCGCUGCCCGCCCGCCUCGAGCUGCCGCGGGGCCGCGACUCCUCCGACGACGGCGCCGAGGGCAUCCCCGUCAUCUUCCGCACCAGCCGCGAUCGCGACCGAGAUCGCGACCGAGAUCGCGACGCGGCCGCCUCGCCCCCCAACGGCUGCCACGACUCCACGGACACCGAGAGCAUCCAGGAGGAGCGGGCGGGCGGCGGCAGCAGCCGCCACAGCCCCGCGUACGCCAAGGAGGAGCCCAAGGAGGAGCCCGAGGGCGCGGCGCGCUGCUUCCCCAAGGAGUCGCUGCGGGUGCUCAACGAGGAGGGCGAGCAGCUCCGCGCCUUCUGCUGCGAGCACUGCCGGGUGCUCUUCCUGGACCACGUCAUGUUCACCAUCCACAUGGGCUGCCACGGCUUCAGGGACCCUUUCGAGUGCAACAUCUGCGGCUACCGCAGCCAGGACCGCUACGAGUUCUCCUCGCACAUCGUGCGCGGCGAGCACAAGGUGUGAGUGAGGUGGGAACGAUCCUCCGCCCCCUCCUCCCGCCUCCGAUCCCCCGAUUCGCCCUCGGUUUGCCCCUCCUCGUGCUCGGCGAACGCUAAAUGUGAGGCUGGGAAACGCCCCCGGCUCAAAAUUCUCCUUUUCUCCCUGUUUUCCCUUCCACCCCCUCGGCAAACACUAAAUGUGAGGCUGGGAAACGCCCCCGGCUCAAAUUCCCUUUUUUUUCUCCCCAUUUUCCCCUCCUCCUCCUCGGCAAACACUAAAUGUGAGGCUCGGAAACUCCCCCCGCUCAAAAUUCUCCUUCUUUUCUCCCUGUUUUCCUUUCUACCCCCUCGGCAAACACUAAAUGUGAGGCUGGGAAACUCCCCCAGCUCAAAAUUCUCCUUUUCUCCCGAUUUUCCCCUUCUCCCCCUCGGCAAACACUAAAUGUGAGGCUGGGAAACGCCCCCGCCUCAAAUUCCCAUUUUUUUCCCCUGAUUUUCCCCUUCUCUCCCUCAGUAAACGCUAAAUGUGAGGCUGGAAAACCCCCCCGGUUCAAAUUCCCUUUUUUCCCCGAUUUUCUCCCGUUUCCUCUCCCAGUUCGUGCGAGCCGAGCCCAAAACUGAGGUCGGAAAAAAAAAAAUCGCCCCGCCUCGAAUUCCCCUUUUCCUCCCGAUUUUCCCCUCCCAUUUCCCCUCCCAAAAUGUGAGGUUGGAAAAAAAAAAAAUCCCCCCUGCCUCAAAUUCCUGUUUUUUCCCCUCAAUUUUCCCCUCCCUCAUCGUGUGCCACGAGCACAAAAAUGUGAGGUUGGAAAAAAAAUCCCCCGACCUCGAAUUCCCCUUUUUUCCCCCCAAUUUCCCCCUCCCAUCCUUAGGGCAUGGAACUGUUGGGUUUUGUUGUUUUUAUUUUUUUUUCUUUUAUACUCCUUUGCACUGACUUUGGCUAUAAAAAGAAAAGAAAACAAAAAAACUAUUUAAAAACAACAAACAAACAAAACCCCCAAAAAAACAGAAACCCACCCCAAAAACCCGACUGGCCCCGCCCAGGGGGAGCCCUUAAUCCUCCUUUUUAUAAACGGAGUUAUUUAAAUAUUGAAUAGAAACCGACUUUUUUUGUGCUUUUUUUCACCCUCCUCGUUAUUUAUUAAGCUUUUUGAGUUGCUCUUUUGAUAACUCUUGGGGUUUUUCACCCAAAAAAGAAGAAAAAAAAACAAAAAAAAAGGACAAAAAAAAAGGUCUCACUUGAAUUUUGGAGACUGUUCCCCCCCUUGCCCUGCUCCCGCCGGCUCCCGGCACUGCCCGGCCCCGUUCCCGGGCUAAAGGAACCUCAAAAUUCGGUGCUAAACCCCCCCCGGGACCCCCCAAAACCCAGCCUGACCCCCCCCAGCCCGGGGGGGCUGCCCCGUCCCCAGCUUUAACCGGGGAGCCCCGGAAUGGGACGUGGGGACCCCCAAAUCCUGCCCCGGAGUCCCCCCCCUUCUGCCGACCCCUGAAAUGAAGGAUGGGGGUCCCGGGGGCUCCUCCUCCUCCUCAGGGCUGGGAUCCCCCCGAGUUUGGGGUUGGGCAAAGGGGAGGAGCUCGGGGGACCCCAAUCCCAGCCUGUGGGGACCCCCAGAUCUGGGGAACCCUCGAGUCUGGGGGACCCUUGGGUCUGGGGGACCCUCGGGUCUGGGGGACCCUCAAAUCUGGGGGACCCUCAAAUCUGGGGGACCCUUGGGUCUGGGGGGACCCCUCGCUGCAGCCUCCCAUCUUUGGGGGACCCCCAGUCCCCAUCCUCUCCAAUCUGGGGGACCCCCAGCUCAUGGGGACCCCCAGCUCCCCACUCAUGGUGAUCCCCAACCCCUCCAAUCUGGAACCCCCAGCUUAUGGAGACCCCCAAUUUUCAUCCCUACAAUUUGGGGGACCCCCACCCAUGGGGACCCCCCCAGCCCCCCACUCAUGGGGAUCCCCAACCUCUCCACUCUGGGGGACCCCCACCCAUGGGGACCCCCCACCCCAGUCCUGCACCCAUGGGGACCCCCAGGCCCCCAUCUCUUGGUGCUGGGGACCCCCCACCCAUGGGGGACCCCAAUCCCAGCCCCCACCCCCUCAGUGCUGGGGGACCCCUCACCCUUGGGGUCACCCCAGCCCCUCCACCCUUUGGAAUUGGGGACCCCC